AUGUCAAAAAGCUUUCAAUCCAGUAUCCUAGUGACUGGUGGCACCAUCGGACUAGGGUAUCAGUGUGCAUUAGCAAUAGCCCGCGAAUGUCCAACUCACGAAGUCAUCAUCGCCUCACGAACCGACAACGGCGCCGCAGAGAGAAUCAAUAAGCAGCUUAACAGCUCUAAUAUCCGAUUCAUGAAACUUGACCUCUCAAGUCUCUCUCAAAUCCGUAAAUUUGUGACGAACUGGGAAUCGAAAAACCUCCUACCAAUCUCCUCGCUUGUCUUCAACGCCGCUCUCCAAUUUCCCGGUGCAGCAGAAUACACCGAGGAUGGGUUUGAAAAGACAUUCGGCAUCAACCAUGUAGGACAUGCACUUCUGUUCUCUCUCCUCAGACCCCAUCUUGCCGACACAGCUCGAGUCGUCAUCACGGGAAGCGGCACGCAUGAUCCCGCACAGAAGUCAGGCUUGCCUGAUGCUUUUUACCACACUGCGGAAGAACUCGCAUCUCCAACUUCGAAACACACGAGCAGCAAUGGUCGCCAGCAUUACACAAAUACCAAAUUGGCCAAUGUGCUUUACAUGUAUGCACUGCAUCGUCGGUUCUUGAAAAUAAAUGCGAAAACCGGAAAACAUUGGACUGUUACCACGAUGGAUCCUGGCUUGAUGCCUGGUACCGGACUUGCACGCGAAGCGAACGGAUUUGUAAAGUUCCUUUGGUUUCGAGUCUUGCCGCGUCUUAUUCCCCUUUUGCGACUGCUUAUUUCACCAAAUAUUCAUACGGCUCAGGAAUCGGGAGAGGCAUUGGCGAUAUUAGCUGUUGGGUCGGAUGUUGAAGGUGUAAGCGGUGCUUAUUUCGAGGGUAAGAAGAAGAUCGAGUCUAGUAAGGAUAGCUAUGAUGAGGAAAAGCAGGAAGAUUUAUGGAAUUGGACUGUUAAUGCGGUUGCUCGCGAUGAGGAGAAGGUGGACUUCAAGCUGGAUAAUUUUUAA